AGCCACCAGCGGUCAGUGACUAUUGGACUGUCGAGAGGUUCGCUCUCUCCAUCUUUACACUCCGCCAGCGGUUUCACCAACUUGUUCUCACACCAUUUGUGUCUUUUAGUCGAAAUAUUUCGAAGCCGAUGCUUCCCUAGACUUUCAACUGAUUCUCAAAGUAAUGGACAACAACGAAAACGUGACCAUGAGUUCUUGUCCGUAAGUGAGAUCGUCGUUUGUGAUUAGGCCGUGGGAAAAUAUUCCGACCACAUGUGUUGUUGCUGCUGCUGCUGCUCACCUAUUGCAUUGUGAAUAUGGUGUGACCCUGGAUUAAUUAUUAUGUUCUUCAUUUCAAACAGAUUUGAGGGAGAAGAUAUUUGACGGAAAAGAAGAAACGCGGGAGCGGGGGGAGUCCAUCUCUCCUCCUCCUGGUCCGUCAGGCCGUGCGGCGUGUUCCAUGGCAGCCAGUCCCGAAGGCAGCAAAAAGGGAUCAUCGUCGGGAGGUCAACAACAACGUCGCCGGAGUCACGGUAACAGCCACAACAACGAGAACAGCCCGCAGAGCUCAGCCAACUCUUCAUCCAGUCAUCAUCAGCUGAGUCUGCGGGCGCCUGUGAUCCGCCACCGCGAUCCCAAGGCUCCCGUCGUCAUCAGCGGUUGGCUCUUUAAACAAGGCAGCGAUGGCCUCAUGUUGUGGAAGAAGCGAUGGUUCGCUCUUUCACAGUAUUGCCUCUUCUAUUACGAUGGUCCUGAAGAGGAGAAAGUCUUGGGUUCGUUGCUACUUCCCGGCUACACGAUCCGGCCGUGUUUGGCGGGAGAUCGGGACCGAUUGGUUUACCGCAAGUACGCCUUCAAAGCCGAGCAUCGCAACACUCGCAGCUUCUAUUUGGCUGCCGAUUCUCGACCGUCCAUGAUCCAGUGGAUGAACGCUCUGAGUCUGGCGGCCAUUUUACAAGACUCCAAGAGUUUAUCCAUCACAGCCGAGUUGAAUAGAAGCCAAUUGGACGAAUCUACGAGUAGUGGAUCCGUCGCUCUCAACGGAAGUCGCCGUUCUUCCAAGGCCGUCGCAGAGAAUAAAGGGGUUGAUGCGUCGUUCGACUCGACGGCACCCGAUCAGCCGACAGGUCAAAGGCAGCCAUUGUACGCCAACGCUCCGCCGAAACCGCGCAGGGCUUUAAACACGAGCCGUGAUUCGUAUUGUUCCAGUUCACCGGAUCGAUCACCGGAACGUCCCGCAGUAUUGGCCUCGUCGACACCGGCCGCGGUAGGAGCGGUGGGAUCUUCCGCAUUUGAAACGCAAGGCAACAAUCGAACGCCAACGCCAUCUAGCGCCAUGUACGGACACCACCAGCAAGUGGCUGUCCGCCAAAUGCAGCGCGGCAGCCAAUUUCACAACGGCAGUCGAGUCUGGCCUCAUCAUCAGAAGCAACAACAACCGCACGUGCAACAAAGACCCGUCUCGGCCGAAGUGACGACGUUGAUGCAACAGCAACAGCAGACGAUGAUGAGGCACCGGAAUAGUCCCCUUCAGCCGCAGGCCGAACGACGAACGCCGGACGCUUACGGCCGCUUCAAAACCGAGUACGAAGAUGUUUACAACAACAGCAGCACGGCCAGCUCGACGAAUUCACCUCAAAUGCUUCCGGCUGGAGCGUCGACAGCCACUCCGUCCUCCAAGGGAUUUGUGGUGGCCCACAGGAGCGAAGUGGCCCGUCGGGUGCCGCCCAGGCCCCACAGUGUAGAUUUUCUUCAAUAUCCCAACGUGUCCGGCACUCCACCGCUACAACAGCAACCCAGUGACUAUUGGUCUUCCGAACAAAAGUACGCCCAGCAGGUCCGGCAGUCGGUCAUGCGUAACUAUCCACGUGAUCAUCAGCCGACGGACAAUGUUCACGUGACGCCAAAGGAAUCGGAACAACAACAACAACAACAAACAAUUCGUCGAGUGGUGCGUGAUCCAGCGGAAAUUUCUCGUGACGUCAAAGAGAGCGCCCUUUGGUCGUACGUCCAGGCAGCUGGGCAAGCCCAUUCAUCCGAUGCUCAUCACCGGCCGCAUACCAAAACAAAUAUGUCCGCUUCACAGGAGAAUCUGAUGGCGGAAGAAUCGCUGGCCAUUUAUAAUCCAUGCGAAGGGCAGCUGCAACAACAACUCUUUCAUCGCUCGGCUAGCGCCCGGCUCCCCAAAAUGGCCAAACAACAGCCGGAUUUGCUCAAUUCAUCGCUGGCCGAUCAUCCACUCGAACUGGACAAUAAACGCACCGAACAGAGGGAAGAAUCAAUGAAACGCUUGCUGGAAUGGAAGCAGAGGAUGUUGCAAUCACCGCUGACGAGGAAAAGUGGCAACAGUGUCAUCAGCGGAGGAAGUGGCGCCCGGAGCAGUGAACGCAGCACGCCCACGACUGCCGAUAGAGACGCUCCUUCUCCAAGGAUGCGGAUCGACUCGCCCCUUCAUCCUCAACAGCAGCAGCAACAACAACAACAACAGCCAAGCCCCAUCCAGCUGACGGAUUAUGGAAACGCUGGAAUGGGAAAUUUCGCUACGAUGAGGCGAACGGUGGCGCGGGCGGCGCAAGAUCUUCUCCAUCAGGAACAAGUGUAUCAACAACAGCAACAACAGGAGCAACAACAGGAGCAGCAACAACCCACCACGUUGAACGUGGCAUUCCGCGCCUCUCUAAAACGGCCAGCCGCAAACGAGAAAAUCAAAAUCCAAUUGGACGAAGAAGCCGACGUCCGCAAGGAAUUCACUUACGAAUACGUUUUGACGGAACCGUCUCGAGAAGGAGACGGAGCUUCGUGCCAAGAGCCGGAAGAUUGCGUUCCGAAAGUGUCGUGGCCCAGGCCGUCGUUGAUGAGAGAGAAAUCGAGCGCCGUGGCCGAUUUGAGGGCCCGCAGUGAAAGCCCGUCAGCCAAUCGAAUCCUUUUUUUGAAAGAUGUCGAAGAAGCCCAACAGAUGUCACCGCUGAAAGCCCGUCCCAAGCCGCCACCCAAGCCCAGUCUUCACGACUUGCAGCAGGCGUUCCAGAUCAAACGCAAUGGAUUAAUGACCCAUCAUCACAUGAUGAUGUUGGAAGAGGAUCAGCUGUUGAUGGAGCAACAGCAACGUUUAAGCUACGCAGAAUCUUUGCCGGAAUCGCUGGCCGGAUUCGCCGCCACCAUCGUCUCCGAGGAUGGCAUGAGUCCCUGCCCGUUUGAGCAAACUGUUUCGCCCCUCAUCUCCGAAUGCGAUUGGCCUCACAAUACAACUGGGACGGGCUCGUCUCCGGCCCCACUUCCAGACUUGAUGUCGCUCGCGUCCGUCGCUUCCGGUCAGCUGAGAAGUCGUAGUCGCAGCUGCGGCGGAGGCGUCCACGCGCCAUCCGAGAAUCUCUACAUGAACACGCAGAUGGCGGAGCAUGAGGCGGAUCAAUCUGGAUCAGCGUCCGUCAUGGAAGAUCAUUAUCUGCCCAUGACGUCGACCAAAUUGGUGUCGGCUCGCUCCCCUCCGCCGCUUCCGGCCGCCAAUCAUUAUCAUUUCGAAGAGAACGCCUACGUCGAGAUGACGGACAACGGGAAAAUCAAAAUUUCGCCACCUGGCGGUGCAACAAGUAAUCGCGGCUGCAACGGCAAACCUUCUUCCGUCUUCGCCGGAGUCUUCGAUCCGUCCUACCGAUCGCCCGAAAGUCCGCGUUAUAGCGAAAUAACCGAAUGUCCCUCUGGCGGAAGGGAACAACAGGAGGAAGAUCAGCCGCACUAUGAAUUCAUUUACAAAGCAUCCAGCCAAUCCGAGCCGGUCUACAUGGAAGUUCCGCAAAGCGGAGAAGAAGAAGAAGAGGAAGAAGCAGCAGCAGCAGCAAAGGGAAGAAAAGACGAAGGUACGGAGGAAGGACGAAAAGCGGAUGGCGAUUGUGAGAGGGAAGAAGAAGCGGAAUCGAAUGCGAUCCAGGAGCGUCAGACGAGCAGCGCGCUGGACACGACGGCCAUGGAAGAAAUGGAUGACGGCGGAAGAUCUUUGGAAUUGAUCAUCACCCCGCCCCGACAUCCGCGUUUCAGCAUUUCGGACACAUUCCGGCCGGCUUCCUAUUUUCUAAGGUUAGAGACGAUUCCGGCGACGGAAGAGAACGGUCUGGAUGAUCAAGUUUAUGGGCAAUCGGAUGAUCAAUCGGAUGGCGAACUUGUCUCUCCGCCGCCCAUUCCGACGAGUCCACCUCCGACGGAUCACCAACACCACCACCUCCAUCACCGGCCACCGAUCCAUCACAGCCGCAGUCAGAGUUUAGAUACGUCCCAGGACUACUUUCAAGGACGGACGUCCCGGAAUAGCAUCGCGUCUGAAUUGAACCACAGCGUUUGCGGCCGGCCGCCGUCGGAUCUGUCCCAGCGGCGGAGGCCUUUGACUAUCGUUCGCAGUCUGGAGGAUUUGCUGGUGGAUUCCAGCGAUGAUCACUUGGCAGCCCUCACCUCGGCUCACAACACGUCACGGAUUUCGACCGCAUUCCAGGGCAGCACUCAGAGCUUGGCUUCCAACGGAAUGCGCAAUGCGGAUUCGUGGAAUCAACCGCUGUACGAGAAUGUCUCCCAGCCUGUCGGCGGACACGUCCGCCAAGCGUCGAGGAUUAGUAUCACGUCGAACACGAGUCGGCGGAUGAGCUCCUCUCCAGCCGGGUCGAUCCAUUCUGAACAGCCGCAACAAGCGCAACCGCAGCAACAACGGUCGCGUUUAGGAUCGGUCCUUUCACUCAAUUCCAACUCAUCGUCGGUGUGCCGGAGUGAACAGAGCGCCGGAGCGCCUUAUUACUAUUCGGAUUUGCUGGGCAAGACAGCGCCCACUCCGCUGGAAGCCAGUCUGGAGGACGGCAAUUGCAGUCUACGUUCGUCGAGCUCCAGGAGCGCUCAAGCGCAAGCGGCCAAACAGGCCUAUCAGCACAGUAUGGAUCGACUCCGCACAGUCCAGAAAAGAUCAUCGCCGCAGGGUUCAACUUCCAAAUUGGGAAGCGUUUCGAAUUUAGAGUGCCAUCACACGUCGGCUCAGACGCCCACCAGUUCCGGUCAAUCGCGUCCGGAGCCCAGACAGUUAUUGGAAACGCUGCGCAAGCAACAGCAGAACCAGCAAUAUCAGCGAGCUCAAACGCCGGAUUUGUUGGCCAACCAUCCGGAACAAGAUUCGUUUUACUACGCCAAUGGAAGGGGAACGGCCGCGAGUCGUCCAUCAGUCGCCGGUGAUGUGAUGCGUCGCGUCCGUUCGCUCGAAGGUCUGCUGGAUGAAGAUGCGAAUCGAUCCGUGCCGAGAUCGGAAUGGACGGAUCCGCAACCCAAUCGAUCAUCGGUGGCCUCUCAUGCUAGUUACAUGACCAAUGGAUCUAACGGCCAUGUUCAUCCGCCAGCAGCGGCUGAGGCGCCCCGUUACGCUCGAGAUCCGACGACGCGGAGCCACGCUACGAAAACUCUUCCGUCGCACGCCCGCUCUCCGCAGGGCAGCGCGUCGGGCGAUUUCGUUGGCGGCGAAUUCUCUCCGUGGGACGAGGACCAAUUGUGGCGCGAUAAAUUGAGACGGGCCAGUAUCCGGCACACGCGUUCGAUGGACAUGCUGGAUGAAAUCCAGCACGAUCAUCAGGAUAGUAACCAAACGAACGGCAAAUCUCAUCUUCCGGCCGAGGAAGAUUGUUACGAACGAUUGCUUCAAUACUCGGCAACGUUGGAGAGGACCAAACGUGGCCAGACGUACCUGGACGGCUACAUCUGGGACGAAAUGGAACAGCGCUUCCGAGAACCGGGUUGCACGAAAUCGCAGAAAGAAGCGCCCGGGUUGCCGCCUUUGCCGCCGCCUCCGCCGUUGGUGCCCCCGCCCAAUCAUGCGACACCGUCGAGUAACAACAACAACAAUGCGUCGCAUCCUUUUUUAGGGGAAGGCCUCCCCCCUCCUGCUUUCGAAAUUGACCGCGAAAAAUUGCGUCAAUGGGAUCUCAUGUCCACGGCAGCUGUCCCGUCAUCGGCGGUGGCGCUGCCCGACAAUCAAGCCAUCAAUAAGGAGGGAGGGAGGCGUCCGGCUGCUGAUAGCAGUAGCAACAACACAACGAAGGCCGUCCAUUCGAAAUCACCAAUACCGCCGCCAUCAUCGAGCGAUGCAAUCAGUCGAACAGCAGCAACAACAACAACAUCACCAUCACCACCAACACAACCACCACCCCCUGUCCCAUCCACACCAAUCCAGGCCAUCCGUCCGUCCCCAUUCCACCAGCCAGUGACGCCCGACCUUGUCCGCACUCCCGGUGGAUCGAGCCCCGUUGAUGCUGUGGCGGCUGGACUGAACCAUGCGACGACAGGAGCAGCCGGAAAGGCAAUCAAUGGUCUCAAGGUGGCCUAUAGCCAAAGUGGUUUGACGGGCAAAGUUUCGUCUACUUUAGUGACGACGCAUCAGCCUCCAUCAAGUAAUCAAAUGGUGACGGGCGAGAUCUAUCAUUCGGACACGGACGUGCCGCCUAAAAAAGGUAAAUUGCCUCCGAUGAUCGGCCACGACCAACCAUCGACGCACAACGGCAACCGACAGCCGGGCGAUAAUAAAGUGCAGCUGUCGGCGGGCGACCUGCUGGGCCGGACACAUGAGGAACUGGUUCUGCUUUUGAUCCAGCUGAGGCGGCAGAGUUCCGCCUUGGUGAAGGCACGUGACGCCUGCCUCCUCGAAAUGGAAAGCCAGGUAAAACUUGCUGCACUGGAUAUUUCUCACCGGCAAGAAUGCCUGAUUAAAACUGGUGAAUUAAAACACCACGUUAAGGAGCUGGAAAAACAAUUGGAGAAAUUGAAGCCCAUGAUUAGCUUGGUAGACAACAUGGUCAAACUCGGUUCGUCGAUGUCACCGCAGAGACACAAGAAAUUGCCCAAACCAGAAACGAGCACAGCCGUGAAACGGAAUUUAACUCCGAUGCUUCAUCAUCAGCAGCAACAGCCGAAAUUCCAACCUUCGCCUUACGAACCUCCAGCGUACAGCAACGUCCAGCAGAGGAAUGCGACGAUGGUGUUCCAUUCGACACCCAAUCGUGCGGCUGAUAACGACGCCAACGCGUUUUACGGGUCGUCAGUUCAAGGGUGGCAGGAGGCGCAGAUAUCGCAGCUCGAAUCCAAACAUCAUCAGCUGGCCCAGCUGGAGAAGUUUGUUCGCGAAGAAGGCGCGGCCAUCCAUCGGUUAACGCGCAAUCAGCAAGUUCUGAGACUGGCCAUCCGCGGAAUCCGACAGCAGACCAACGCGGCUUUGCAAAACGCUGAUUACGGCGAGGUGGAACGCUGCCGACAGCAACAGCUCUUCCUGGAACGUGAGCUUAGCCAAAUUCAUUCGCUGCUGGCGCUGAGUUCCAAACGACUGGAAGACGCCGCGGUGGAAAUCAGCCGGAUCGAGCGUGAAAUCUCGUCACUGCAUCAGCAGUUGCAUCGCGUCGGGGCCAGCAACCGUCAACACCUGCAAUCUGGCGCUGGUGGUCAUUCGUUGAACAGGUCUAAUAAUGGAAGGGAAAUGGCUUGGCUCGAGGCGGAAUUGAAUCGUGUCCAGCAACAUGUCUCGCAAUUGCAGACCAAGCGACAGGAACUCAGCGCCCAAGUCAAUUGCCUCACGUCUGCCGAUUACUUCCUCGAUCUCGACGAAUCGUUUAACAGCACCGGAACGGCCAAGCGCAAACCGAUUAGCACAUGGUGCGAAACCGAUCUAGACUCCCUGAACACAAUUGAUCGCCUAACCCGCAACCAAGAUCCAUCGGCAAUGUACUUCAAUACUGGCGGUGGAUCGCAGCAUUAUCAACAGGAACAAGAGCAGCAACAAGAGCAACUGUACCAAUAUGACGACCAUACGAUGCCUGUAGACAUCAGCGAAGCGGAUGAGCGGAUGAAACGAUACUACGGUAUCGUACCUAAACAGCAGCCACCGCCUCCUAGCGCCGCAGACAAGGCAGAAAUCCGCACGGUUCGCAUCGUCAAACGGGAGUCGGAGAAGCGUCAGCGUGACAAGACGAAAUCGCGGUACGACGACAGCUCUUUCGGAAUGGAUGAAUUGGCUGAAGAGGAUCAAGCGCAUGGCGGCUCGAAUGGCUUCUACAGCGAAGAUCCCAUCAUGGACGAUCCGGUUCUGUCGCAGUUUAGCCAUGUGUUGACGCUGCCGAGGCGUGGCAGCAAACGGGAUGAACAAGGCAGGCGGUCCCUGUCGCAGCGCAAUUCCAUCGCUAUGACGGAAACUCCAGCGGAUGCACGAACUCAACCUCUUGGCCCAGAUCAGUGGAAAGGGUCUCUUCGUCCGCGUCGCAACAUGUCGUCGUUGUCGCUUGGCGAUCGCAAUUCGUCCACCAGCUUGGACAUGGACACUGGCGAGUCGACCGAAGGAGGACUGGGCAGUCUGGAUUCGACUCAGCGCUCGCCCGUCCUUACGCCCGUUUAUACUAGCGAUGCGGCGCGUGAGAUCAUCGAAGAAAUGCGUCGGCAAGACAUGAUUACGGCCCGUCGUGCCGUACCCCGUCACAAAAGACGCCACAUAACAAUAUCCUGUAGUCAACCCCUUGUCCUAGAAGCCCUGACCUCUGAUACGCGCAUGACGCAAGGACGGGCCAGAGAUGACGUGGAUUUGCAGAGAGCAUUGCGCUUCCAUCAUCCGUUUGCUCCGGACGUUGUCCGUUCAACCAUCACUCAAGCCAUCCGUAUCAAUGAGAAGACGAUUGAUAAUAUACUUUGCGCUCCGGAUAAAAUCGUCAUUCCCGAGCGUUACGUGCCCGAACAGGAAGUAGAGGAACUGGGUGAAGAAGAGAAGCAAAAAAGGCUCAAGAAAACCGAGUCCAUUCGACGCAUGCUGACGGGCUAUUCGACUGGUGUUGAUCUUCCUCGACCUCCUUCCAUCGCUGCUACCACUGACAUUGUAGAACUGUCGGAAGCCAAGCAGCUGCUGGCCAAGGAGCGCCAACAACGCGAUCAUUUCAUCGGCCUCAACCAGAUGUUGGUUGAGGAAAUUAAAGAAAAGAGCAAAAUGGCUGCAGUUCACGCUUUGGCCAACAUGAAGUCGCGACGGGAGCACAGCAGCGAAGAGGACGACUGGUCACCGCCCGCCGACCCACUGCCCAUCUAUCAACAGCGCUAUAACUACCUCACGUGAGCUGACAUGGUGGGACGACAACAGUGACGGCGUCGUUGAUGAGCGAUCUUGUAGACGGUUUUU